CUGCCUAAUUUUAAAGCACUACUUCCGUAUUUUUCCAAUGCGCCAUCGGACGGAGGAUAGGAGGAACUAGCUACAAAGAACGGCAUUUUCGUCCAAGAAAAUUUCAUGAGUGUAGGGCCGAAUUUCACCUUUGGGAAAACACCUGCGUGGUGAAUAUAAACAAGAAAACAUGAGUCGUAUACAAUGGGCCUGUCAGAAUGGAGACAUGGACCAACUGGAAACACUAAUUGAAGCUGGUGAGGAUGUGAACCAGGAGCUGUCACAAGGAAGGCGACCGCUGCACAUCGCUGCCGACUACGGCCAGAUGGAGGUCAUCCGGAAGCUUACUGAAAAGGGUGCAGACGUUAAUGCUAUUGACAAAAACGGUAUAAGUGUCCUCCUCGCUGCUAUUUUUGAGGGUCAUACGGAGUGUGUGGAUUUUCUGCUCCAGAAGGGUGCUAAGAAGGAAGGAAAGUUCAACGGUGAGACUUACUUCGAGUUGGCAGAGAAAGACGAGAUCAAGGAACUUUUGAAGUAGCACUGUCUUAUAAAAUUUUUUUUUGAGUCAGUUUUACCCACUUGUACAGAAUGAGUUGGAGAGCGGUGUUCUAUGCAUUCUUGAAACUGUAAGGUUCUGAAAGCCUUUUGUUUGUUUAAAUAUCCCAAAAAAUAUUUGCAUCAGUGACAGAUACACCUAUGUGCAAUUUGUUUCCAUUUCCUUCCAGUAUCGGAAAUCUUUAAUUAAUGAAGAGUAGGACAUGCUAAUUAAAGAUGUGAAAAAAAAAGGUUUCGGAAUGUUUUGAGGAAAAAAGGGUUUACAAUUUGUAUGUGCAGUACCAAUCAUUUAUUAUGUAUGAGCUAACGUCCUAGGAUGUUUUGUGCUAACUGGAAAAGGAGCAUCAUCUGUGGACCCUUUUUACAUCGUUGCGCCGAGGCACUUAUCACAGCUACACCCUCCAACCCAGAGUGCUACACGAAGGAACGAACAGGAGACCUUCACCUCUGUCCUAAAAUUAAUUUCCCACAAAGAAUUUCUCUGCACCGGAAAGAAGUUCUUUUUUUGUCUUACGGAACACGCUUGUCCUUUCAGAUGUCCCAAAUUUUGUGCUCAAACGAAAAGGAGAAGCAAAGAAAAAGAUGGAUGAUGUGCAUUGUAUGGAUCGGGGGAAUUGUUGCAUAACACUUAGUUCUCCCAGUUUUACUAGUGCCAUAUCUUUCAUCUUUCUUGCUCCGGGAAAAAUUCAUAUUUUACACUCAUUUUGUACAAGUCUGUCUCAAAGUCAUGUUGUAACUUAAAAAAAAAAAAAAAUUCAUUUCAAAAAGGAAUUUUGAAGUUCCUUAUUGAGUGCGUGUGGCGUAACUCGUACCCUUUAUUUUUCCUAAAUUUAGAAGGGGAUGACGUAGAUAUACACUGUAGUUUGGACCCUACGGGCUAGGGAGGAGGGAGACGGGGGAGGGGUCCAUUUGUGCCCUUAGGAGGAGGCGGAAGAACAAAUGGUGGAGCAAAACCUUUCGGUUUGAAUUUCAUCUGGGUUUUAGGAGAAUUUUUUUUGGGGGGGGGCACAGGACUGUUUCAUUGCGUGUUUGUACAACUCCCUGAUGACUGUUGGUGGUGUGGACUUAAUUUGAAUUUAGUAGAGGCCAUUUGUAGUCUGACUUUGCCGAGUAAUGAACCGUCACCAUUAAUUCCCCCUGCGACAUCGUAGUGUACAUUUCUGUCCAAAGAGCCUGUUGGAUUUUAUAAAGAAAACGUGAGAUGGGACAUUCGAUCCCACAGCUUCCUGUUAAGAGGUGCAGUUGUUUUGCACGUAGGUUUGGAUUUUUUUUGCUCGGAAUCUUGCAGAAUUCCACGAGGAAGGUGUAUUGUUGAAUCUUUGCGUAAUUGACAUCGGGGAGAGGGUACACGAUGGGCCUGGUGCAUUUUACAUUUUGUCUUUCUCAUUGCGAUUUUCAGAGCAAACGCUGCGUACGUUUUGAAUCAGCCUCUGCUUAGAUAAAAACAAUGGUUAAUCAGUUGUAGCCAGAUUAAAAUCAGGGAGCGAAAAAACCCUGCCCCCUGUGAGAUACCUCCCGGUGAGAGGAUGCUAUCUGCCCUGCACAGGGAUCAUAGAGAGGGCUGUGUGGGACCUAGGAUCCACCAGGGCCAUGUAAGCAGAGCAUACGUGCUGAUCACGCGCUGGUUUAAUCUUUUCAGUGGAGCAUAUUCGGGGAAAUGUUUUGAUCCUAUUUAGCACCGCUAGCCGUCAUACUCAUUUUGGGGACUUUGCACCCAAACUUAAUGUAUAAAAAUGUCAAAAGUAUUCACCAGUCAGAGAAAGAAAAACAAAAAUCCCUGAAGUUGCGUCAAAAUGAGAUGAUUGACUAAAUCAGUACACACAUAUAAUCUGUUAAGAUUCUAUGAGAUUGUUAAGCGGUUGUCUCCGCUAAUGUAGGGCAUGACUUACUCUUCACCUGUAUUUCUUUAAAUUAAUAAAUGCAUGCAUGCGCACACUUUUUUCUUCCCCUAUUGACCAAAAAACUUCAGCUGUAUCACAGUAUUAGUGCUAGACUGAUGUGCCGUCUAAUUGUUGUCUUUUUCACCAAAUUUUUGUAGAAAAAAUCAAGAAAAAUCUACGUAGAGGACAAACGAUGCAUAUAACUUAUGGUAACUGGUAAAAUAAACCAUUGCGGUCAGUAAAUUGUGAGUUAAUUGUAUUUUGGGGGAAUUGAGAGAGUGUUAUUUGAUUUACAAAUUGAGCUGUUAAUUGUUAGCUUAUAGAUUUGACCAUGAAUGCUGAAUUAGCCAUAUUUAUCCUUGAAUGGAUUUCAAUAAAGAUAUCAUAAUCAACUUUAA